AGAUUUUUCUAUAGGUUUGAUGUGUAUAAUCCACAUGGUGUAUCUUUACUUAAAAAUAGCCCGUGACGCCUCGUUAUAAAUAUUCGCGUUCCAAGAAAAUACCAUUGGAUCAGCAGGCGAAAAGGAAAUGAGGAAAUAUAGAUAAAUUACAGUAUUUCUUCACGGAAUCUUGUGGUCUCAAUCUUUGACAUUUUUGAAUCGUUGAGCAAAUAAUAUCCUUAAAGAGUCAAAAUGUCUCAUUCAGUGACAAUACGGACCCAAACUGUAACGACCAACUCAUCAGCUAUUAUCAUCAACACAGGUUAUCUAAAAUCAUGGAGUGGCCUUUUAAAAGUCCUUGAAUUGAUUCUAGGAAUAGUAUGCGUUGGGAUAAUGGGCUAUGUGUUUGACUAUUAUUUGUACUAUAACAACGCAUAUUACAGUGGGUCGACACAAGUGUCACUAUUUUAUUUCUUGAUGGUGACUACCUUCAUGAUAGGAACUUUCAUACUGCUUCUAAGUUUUACAGCUUCUGCUACAACGGAAUCCAUUUUAACGAAAACAAUUUUCGAACUGAUAUAUCAUGGACUGGCAUGUAUACUCCUCAUAAUCGCAGCAGCAAUUCUUUUCAUUAAACUGAACGACAGAUAUUUUGGAUCACCUAAAGAAAAGUACAAUUUACACCUGGCUGCUGCAAUCUGUGCUUUGGCCAAUGGCAUUUGCUACAUGCUGAGUACCAUCAUAGCCUUCCGUUCAUACAGAGGAUUGUAAAAAAUCUCAUUGUAAGGUUGAUUAUAAAAAAGAGAUAUUUACGCUAGAUUCUAACCAGUGAAUUAUUUAAAUAUUAUAUAAAAUAAGCCGAAUUUGACCUAUUUAUUAUGAGUCAACAAGAAACUCUGCAUUCUAUUUAAAAUCAUUGCUCUGCUCUGUUUCAAAUUAAUCAAUAUUUUAAUUUUAAUCGACAUUAAGAUUUAUAUCAAAGAAGAAUUGAAAGACUUUAUUUUUUACAA